AUGGUUCCGUGGAAUACCUUUGAGACGAUGGCACCUGCACCUAGUAUCUCUCCGCGGAUACUGACACAGACAACAGUGCUCCGCAGAGCAUUGGAGUGGCACGGGAUCGCAUAUCAGUUCUGGAGGCGAGCAAUGAUUCAGCACUUUCCGAAUCUGCGAUAUAUUGCUGUCGCUGGUGCUAGCAGUAGUGACACUUCAGAACACAGAAUUCCUCAAUCACCAGGUCUUGAGAACUCUUGA